AUUCCGUCAGAGUGAGGUUCCCGCUCGUUGCGUCUGGAGCUUUACAAUCACGAGAUAACUUUAUAUUAAGUGUUGUCGUCACUUUAAUAAACUACGAGGAGAGAGAACCGAAGAGUGUUGGUGAAUAUCGUGGGGAAGUGACGACUCCGGGGAAGGUUCUUCUCUUCCAGUAAAACGCGCGAGAGUUAAACUUGCGAAAACUGUGUAAGAGUUGUGUGGAGGAUGUGGUGUAGGGUGACUGCAGGGGUGAGGCGUGUGUCAUGACCAUGGACGGUGACACACGUGGGUGACCAAGACAACCAUACACACAUACCUACACCAUGGUUCCCCCCCUGAAGGCUCCUCAACACGCGCCCAGGUGGUAGAGAGAGAAAAAAUAGUUGUGGUGACGCAAGACCAGGCUGUCUCCCUCUGUUGGUGACCUGGUACUUUUGUGGUGAGUGUGGCGCUCAAGUCUCCUCCAGGCCAGGGAUGUUGUGAGAGUGAUAAAUAAGAGGAUAUAUUAUUACCUCGUGUUAACUUCCGCCAGUGAUCUAAGUGCCGCCGUGAUCCAUAUUACCUAAACUUCCCCCUUCAACAAACUGACAUAAGAGUCCUUCUAUAUACCUUUAUUGAAUAACAAACAUCCAGUCAGACGCCUUGUGUAUAAUAAGUUAUACGGUCAACAGUUCAACAAGAAGACUUCAAGAGUUAUAAUUCGUGGCCGCCCAUUCGCAGCUACUUGAGAGUGUAGUGGGCGUGCGGGCGUAUGAUGCGUGGGCGUGAUGCCAGUCAGCUACCAGCGGCGUGGCGGCGGUGGUGAUAAACUAAAAUUAUUUGAGGGAUCUGGUGUGGUGGGGGAUAGAAGAGGUGGUGAAGAGUGUGGCGAGAUGCCGGGGGACAUGGCCAGCAUCAAGUAUGAACUUGAGGACUACGUAUACGAGAUGGAGUGUCGUGCUGGAGAGAUAACUCGGUCCGAGGAAGCCGAGGUCGAGGAUAUCAACGCCCGUUUGGCUCAGAAGGAGCGAGACCUGAUCCUAGCCGCCGAGCUGGGCAAGGCGCUGCUGGAGAGGAACGAACUCCUGGUGCAGCAGAAUGAACGACUGGCCGAAGACUACAGUCACAAACUUGAGGUGUUGGAACAGGAGAAGCAUGGCCUGAGACGCAAACUGACGGCGACAGAGAGCGAGUACGAGGUCAGGGUGCAGGAGUUGACUAUAGACCUUCAGAAUGUCAAGGUCGACCUACACGAGCAGCAGGAGGUGGUCAAGCAGACUGAGAGAGAGAAGAGCCAACUCAUUGACCAGCUUACUGAACAGAACCAGCGGCUCACCACCCAGCUCAAGGAGUCGUCUAAAUAUGAGCAACAGUUGGAGCAGCAGCUACAGCACCUCCGAGACCAGUGUAACGUGAGGAAGUCUAACAUGACGGAGCAGGUGUCUACAUUGGAGGUGCUGAGAGAUGAGAUCAACUUGCUCGCUGACAGAAAGAUGGAGUUGGAACGACGGAUAGACAGCUUAAUAGAUGAGAGGGAAGGUCUGAACUCGACCCUAGACGCCACGACUGAUAGGCUGGUUAUGCUGGAGAAGCAAUCCAAGGAGCAGGAGGCCACGCUGCGUAACAGAGACAGGGAUCUGACAGAUUUGCGUCUCACCAAUGACUCGCUCACGGAUCGUCUGGAGGCCAUCAGUAGGAACUCCUCCUCCCCCUCCAUGGGUCACACCUCCCUCCAGAUCGAGAUUGACACGAGCGACCAUGAAGCGUCCCGGCCACACUCUCACCACAGCAUAACAGAAAACCUGCUGGAGCUGGAGGAGUUUGAGUAUGACGACCCCUUACUCUACCCCAGCACGGAUGGCGACUCACUCAAGACGGGCACAACUUCUCUGCGUCAGGAGGUUGUGGAUGUGAUCGGACAGGUUCGUGUUAUGAUCGAUCAGCUGAGACACCGACGCAGGAACUCCCUCACUUCACUCUCCACCAACUCCUCUGAUGAGCUCACGCCUGAUAAACUGAAGAACGGCGUGCUUGGUUCUGUGUUCCACGAUUUAAAAGGUUUGGUGAGGGACUUACUACGGCGUGAGGCCCAGGGUCAGUGUGGGUCCUGUGGCCGCGGGGAGGACAGGGUACAGCUGGAGCAGGAGGUCCACCGAGCUCUUGAGGCCGUGGAUAAGCUCAACAUAGAGCUCAAUGACGUCAAGGACAAGCUCAAGGCUAAAGGUGAGGAAGCAGCUGAGUUGGGCCACCAGGUCACUCUUGGAGAGGCCCAGAUGAAGGCCGUGGCUGAACAGAGGGACAACCUCAAGCACGACCUCGAGAACACACACUUGGCCAAGGACGAGCUCAUCAAGAAGGCGUGGGACAUGAGAGACAACGCCGUGGCUCGCAAGAAUGCCUGUGAGAUCGAGUUGGCGAGGACGAGGAUCGACGUCAUGCAGAUCAACUCCCAGCUUAUGGAGGCCAUCCAGCAGAAGGUGGAGCUCUCUCAGCAGCUGGAGCAGUGGCAGGUGGAUAUGCAGCAGCUCUUGGACGAACAGAUGCGACGAAAGCUGAGCAAGAUGGAGAUGGGAAACACUGCCGCCGCACGCCAUGCCGCCACCGCUGCCAACGCCAGUGACUCAGACUCCUCCUGUAGUGGCAAGACCUCCCCCAGGAAGAACUCUCGCCUCUUCUCCAUCCUCACCACCCUCAAGCGGUAACCUCCAACGCUCUCUUACCGUCACCCUUGUCAUCAUCGUCAACCCUCCUCUCCACAUAUCAUCAUAAUUCACCAGCAUCAAAUUCGUCUUCGACAGCAGCAAAAUGUCUUAACGAGUUUCUCUUCUCGUCUCUGACAGCACCAGAACGUAUCAAACAACUUCUGCAGUCACCGUCGUCAUCGUCGACCCCUUCCUCGUAUCCUCAUCCGCAAAAGCACCAUGUGCUGUUUGUCUUUGAUAGUCUCUUCAACAGGAGAUAGUCUCCAACACCUUUUCUCUAAUUUUUAAAAGUACCAUAUUCGUCUACAACACCCUCUCUGGUGGUGAUUUUCAUCAUUGUCAUCUCCUCACUUCAUGUCAUCAACUCCAACACUAGAAUCUCUUCUAUCACCUACGAGGGCGACCAACAUCAACAGAUCCUCCGCUGGUGGAGACACCUUACGGCUGGUCAGAGAAGCUUUUGUGUCAUCGUGCAAGUACUGGAUAGUGUCGAGUCGCUGCCUGCACGAGUCCAAGACGACGAAUCUGGUUGAUACUGAUAUUUAACCUGUUUCCAUAACAAGUGAUACAAAAGGUUAGCACAUAAUAGUGUAUCUAUAGGCAGCAUAGCAUAUUGUGUUCAAACUUAGUAACUCUCAGAGGGUUGUCUUCUAUAAGUGUCAGAGAAGAGAUAGUUCCCGCCUCACAACUCACAUACUAACCAGUUGUGUUCGACCUGAUUUACACAUAGCGUUCACAAAACCAUUUUAUGUUCUACAGGAUGCCAGGAUAUUCACUUGUCAGUGGGAAGAUGCGUUGAAACCUCCUAUUCCUCAAUGGGUAUUUCCUUUGUUAUCGAGAAGUUAAAAAGUGUUCCAAUGUAUUUCCCGUCGGCUGAGACUUUUCCAACGCCCUGUUUGUGUCCUAAGUUAUUCUCAGUCACUUUCAGCAUGUCAGUAAAAGAUGUUUUGGAUACUGCAUUUUAAUAGAAUAUAUGUGGGUGUGUCUGUGUGUGGGUGUAUCUAUGUAUGUAUGUGUAUCUAUCUGUGCAUGGUGUACCUAUAUGUAUGUGUGGGUGUAUCCAUGUGUGUGUAUGGGGCAGUGUUCCGAACGGAGUGGUCAUGUUCAGCAGGUAUCGUCGUGAGGGCUGCUCGUGGUGGCUGGGGUCCUAAGCUUUAAUCCUGUAGUUUUUGUGUCAGCCCUGAGCGUGUCUUGAUUUAAUUAACUUUGUUGAUGUGUGUUGAAAUUCUGAAGGAAAAGGGUAUUGAAAUCUGAAAGUGUUAAAAUUUUAGUGUUGAAACCUGAACGUUAAAAUCUGAAAAGGUUUAGAAUCAGAUAUAUUAACAAAUCGAAAUCCUUGAUGCGAGUAAACACAUUUGGCCGUAAACUAAAACAGUGCUUAUUAUGCCUUACAGAUUCACUUAAGAUACAGUGACACUCUUCUGUGUUUUAAUGAUCUGAGAGAAAAUGUGUACUGUACGUAUUGUGACUGGAUAGAUUUAUAGAAACAAAUAUAUAUAUUAUAUAUUAAUAAUAGUAAAGUUAUAUUAGUUCCGAUACAUAGCUGUGAUAUAAUGAGCUGUACUUGGCUUAAAAUGAGUUAUAUAAUUCGUGUGUGUGUUUGUGUGUGUGUGUGUAGCGACAAACAUCCUAGUCUAUACAGAACUGAUAAAUAUGUCAGUAUAAUGUUUUACACUGAUUUAAGAUAUUUUAAUAGGUAAUUGAUCAAAUUGGCCCCAUUCUCCAUAGUCCCCAGCUUAACCAUUAGGAUUGGGGGCUCGGUCUUAAUGGAUCCUAAUCCUUAUGAGACCCUAAUCCUGGUGGGGAGAUUAGGGUAAUAGAUUAGGGCCUGUUUGAUUUACGACCCAUACACGUAGAAACUUUUUGUCGUCUUCGUUGAAUUCGUCUUUUCUGUUCCAGAUUUUAGAGUGUAAGAAUUUGUAUAUAAUCUUUCCAGUUUGUCUUUAAUUCUUCGUGAUGUGAAGGUAACUCGCUUUUUAUUAGAACCACCUGGAGCCCAGAAUGAAUUUCAUUUUAAAGUUGUAAAACUGAAGAUUUAGCUGCAUAGACUCUACUGUUACCAUGUUAGAGUGCCUGAUGCCAGUCCCCACCCCUCUAGGGAGAUGACCUGGACAAAAGUUGACCCAAAGGAUGGUAUUUCUCGGGGUAGUUAAGCCAGUGUGAUAGGCUAACUUCACCGCUGUAUGUACUGUAGUUUGGUAUAAUUCACGUUCAUGCGGGCACUCUUUGCCUUGAUUGGUUAUCCUUGCCCACCAUGGUAUCUGAUUUUUUCCUCCCACACUUAACAAUUUUACCUGAUUUAACCUACUCUAAGCCUUAUAACCUAACCUUAUAAUGAACGUAGACUCUAAGAGUGGGAGGGGAUACUAGCUGACGUCCUGGUAGGCACAGACCAAUCAGCACACGGCACACCCACAUGAGCGUGGAUAUCGUGUCCUAGUCGGCCAACUUGUCCAGCAUCCUGUCUUUAUUUCAUCACUCGUAAGCUUAUUUUCCUUGAUGCUCGAUUUUCCUGCGAUAGAAUUCUAGUGUCUAUCGGUCUCAGGAAGUACGGGAAAGUCACCUUCUUAAUAUUUUACUUUACUUAUAAGUUAGAUGUCGAUAACAACCAAAAAUAUAUAUUUUAUUUGCAACUUAGCCAGGGCAGGUGAUGAUGUCAUCCUAUCCACAACGGGAUAGGAGUUGCUCGUUUGUUUUAUAGGCGUCGAGUUACUGUGUCCUUCUUCUCUUCAUAUUUUGUCUCAAAAUCUUUUCCUCUUUUUUUCUAGUUUUCUCAUCUGUUUAUUCAAUCUUUUUGUUUAGUCCCAUUUUAGUUUUAUCUUCCUCCUCGCCUCCGUGUUGUUAGGUCAGUUGUGUAUGUCUAUUUAAGUACUACUCACAAGGUACAAGCACAGUAACCCUAUAUACAGUGGCAGCCAUCCUUAGACAUUAGACUCAACUGGUCAGCACAAGGUUGGACCAUUACCUACACAUUAUCUACCAUUUAGCUUUAUUACCAUUAUUAUUAUUAUUUUGAUGAUAACGCAUAAUAUCCACUUAAUAUCACAUAUUAUUAUAGAAUUUGCGUAAUUUUUUUGUUUUCAACUUGCCUAAAAUAAAACAACUUGAAACAUGGUGAUGGCCACUGUGUUGAAAAUUAUUUUACCACCACCUGGCACAGUUAAAACUAUAUUUUAAUCAUGAAUAUAACAAAUUUUCCCUUUAUUACCAUUUAUCUUAAUUCUUUCUCAUUGUGUCUUUAUCAUAGAUACAUAAAUGAGCUCCUACUCUUGACAUUCCAUUAGAUUUAGUUCAAUAGGUUAAGUUCGGCGUUUAAGGUUCAGUAACAAGUUAAAAUAUUACAUCAGAGGCAAUUCCUGAUGAUCGUUUCGUCACAUUUUUUUUCCUGUGUAAAUAAACUCAGUCUGUACAUAAUAGCAUGAAUGAUCCUUUGAAGGGAAAAAUUAAUUAAGAAAUGAGAUAGAGAAAUGAAACUUUGCCUGGGUAUUUGUUCACACCGGAGGAUUGAUAUAAUUUAUUACUUAUUGUUAUUUAGAUACAGUAAUUAGAUUUAAUACAGAAGUGCUAUUAUAUUUAACGGUUUAACUUGACCAUUAUAGAUUUCAAAUUUAUGUGUUAUAAGACUUGAGUGUAUGAGACUUAUUUAAUUUUGAAACAAUAGAUUGUAUUAUUAACUUCUGUGUGAUCAUUUACUCCAAAGAUGUUACUGCACUGUAUAUUUAAUCACAACUAUUAGAAACUCUGAAUAUGGAAGAAAAAAAAAUUCUAAAGUGGAUUAUUUUAGUGUCCUCCCUACAUAUCCUCCAUUUUCUACACCUAGAAUCAUGUAGGGGGAACUUAGAUCCAGAAGACUAGCGUGUAUGUGUGGCUAGAGAGCACCCGUCGGCCAAACUGUGACUGGUUGGAACAUGACAUUACGUUUUUUUAAGGUCAGAUUAGGUUUUUUAGUGAGAUCUCAAGUUAUACUGAGGCGAUGAAUACUUGAUCUGUAUUUAAAAACAUCACGUCAUGCCAAUCUUAUAAUCCCAGCUUGACAGGUGUUCACUAGCCGUGCCUUCAUUGUGUCACAUUAUUUUUUCCAUAGGAUAUCCGGUAUUGGAUUCUCAAAGGCAUGUAUGUUUAAGUUUCCCCGUAACUGGUGAUGUAAGAAUACAUCUACCAGGCAGACUUGAGCAACAACACUGAGAUGAAGCCACCGUGGCAUCCAAUCUGCACUGAGACUUGUACUUGGAUGCAUUUCCUAAUACCUAACAAUUACGGGAAGAAAGUAAUUACGACAGGUUGAGAAUCUAGCAACUGGUACUUAUUUUACUUUUAAGAGAUGAUUCUGUCAUUGCACUACGAUGUUAGGUGUUAGUGGUCGUGAGGCAACACAGUGGUAUGUAUAUUAAGAGAAACAAAAUGGAAAUGCCUUAGCUGAUUUACCUAUCCGUCCAGCAAGUGUCGCAUUACCUCUCGUGGAGAUUAUUGGUAAGUGUGUGUGUGUUAUCAGGUACACCGACAAACCAAAGGAUUGCAUAGCAUAUACCUGAAAAUAAAGGUUCUCCAGUAGAAUCGAGAUGUUGUUAAUAGAUGCUAACACGGCAUCCAGCCCAGAGAUGUGUAAUAAUAUAUAGUCUCCAACUCACGUGUAAUAUUAUGUGUUGUGGGUCAAACAUGAUCACAGCCCACCUGCAACACAAAUAUCAAGGGAUUCUCUAAGCUACGUACGUUAAAUACUUUCAUUAAUUUGAUGUAAGAAUGAAUUUAACUUGUUCACUUAACAUGGUGACAUAGAUGUUGGCUAAACUUGUGUAUAAAUCACGCUGACACUACUGUAAGAGUUGUUUUCCCGUAUGGGCAGUUAAUCUCUCUAACUUGACGUACGGAUCUUGGAGACUCCCAUGGCCCAGACUGUUAAGGAACUCGUAGUGUCCACUUGUGUGUUAAGACACGUGAGUUGAUGAAGCAUCUGUAUGCUAGUGCAAUAAAACUGUAGAAUGAAGGUUA